UAGUAAACGCGUGAAGAAGUGUUUUGCGGUACUUUUUCACGAACGUUCUCCGUACGGCAGAGGCGUUUAUCCAUUGCCAGAGUGUGUAUAGAGAGGGAACCAUUAGUUUGCUGACACAAACCUCUGAAAUAGGGGGGUCGAAGAAGGCGGACGCUACGGGCGGGCAUGCGCCUCCAAUCGGCCAAUCCGAGCCCCUCCUUCCGACCAGCUCUUUUCCCAUAGAUAAAACCUCGCUACUGCGCAUAUCGCCCUAUAAAAACCGGACCAAACGUUAUCCCGCGCAUAUCCGCCGAUAAAUAUUACCGACCACGCAAUUAACGCAAACUGGACUAUCCAAACGAGUUCGUCAAACGUGUCCUAGAACGAUUAAUUAACAAAUUGAUAAUUUCGAAGUUAUUGAAACUUUAGCACGUCGAUAAUAUAUUAUAUAAUUUAACAAGCAAAAUACAAUAAGGAUACAGGAAAGAAUCUUUCCUUUCCUCUCCUUUCCUUUCCUUUCGCAAAUGUUUCGCAAAAUGUUUCGAAAGAAGAUUUCUCGGUGGAUUAUGUAGAUAGGACGCGUACUCCUAUCGAUUUAUUCGCGGUUAUACACUCGGUUAAGUAAAGGAACGUUAAAACCGGUGUGAAUAAGCUUUUGACCCCUACUCCGAUCUGGUGUAACAGCGAGUGGGGACGGGGAUGACCUUCCCUCGCCUUCGUCUCGGGUGGGGAGUCUGGGAGGUUCUUGUGGACCACGGACACGUGCCACCUGUCAUACAUUUCGAGGCGGUUGCUUCCGGAAGGUUGAGCGAGAUUAGUCGUGGAGAUUAGAGAUUACAUUUCUGUAUAUAUUUUGGGAGCCGUGACACUCGAGUGAACGCCAUAUAUGUAUAUAUGUAUAUAAAUAUAUAUAUAUACGCAUAGAAGAAAUGUGCGAUACGGGGAGGAGGCGUCGUAUCCGUUGAAACGUGGAAUCCGUCGAGAUGAUUCUUCCGGAUCCCCGAUGUCUCUCUUCGAGAACGUGCGCGGAAUGGAAAAAUUUUCGGACGCGGAAGGAGAAAGGAAGGAUCGCGUGAGGAAGAAGUAAAUAAAUAAAUAUCUUUUCGUCUUCGCUCGCAUUUUGGAGGCAUGGAUUUUCGUCGAGAUCGUCAUGACGAUCGCAGCAAGGUGAGGAAGGACGAGGGGAGGACGCGGAGGGGAGACGAUGGAAACAUGGUCGUGGAGAGGGAGGGAUUCGUCGAAAUCAUCGGGGACGACGUUCGCCGGGCCUCGAUGGCGAUGGGUUACGAGUCUGAUUCGAGCGGUGAAAGUGUUUACGAAGGGAUGGGCGGGGGGAGGGAGCAAAGAGGGAAGGAGAGGAAGAAUUCGAGCGUGGUGGCCGGGUCCACGACGGCUUUCACGAUAGAUAAUAUUCUCGGGAGGCGUGAGAAGAGGAAGAAGAGGAAGAAGGACGUCGCUGGGGUGCGCGUCGAUUCGAAUUGCCCCGAGGGGGGCAGGGAAGAGGAGCAGGAAGAGGAGGAGGAGGAGGAGGAGGAGGAGAGGAUGGAAGGGAGUCAGUUUAUCGGAUCUAACGUCGUAUCGGCCGCUAAUUCGGGUUUGUAUCCAGCUGCAGGAUUCUCCUACUCGGAUGUGACCACCCUCGGUUCCCCGGAUCCCGCUUAUUCGGCGACGUCUCUCGCUUCUGCGUCCAUUUUGUACAACAGUUGGUUCGCGCAGUCGAAACCUGGCCAACUUUUCGGCCUGCAAGCAGCGCCUAAACCGAGCGGAAGACGGUCCAGGAAGCCGGGCAUCGACAGGAAACCGCGGCAAGCGUACAGUGCGAAACAAUUGGAGAGGCUCGAGGCCGAAUUCAAGAUCGACAAGUAUUUGAGCGUGAGCAAACGCAUGGAGCUGUCCAAGUCCCUAAACUUGACCGAGGUACAGAUAAAAACGUGGUUUCAAAAUCGUCGCACCAAGUGGAAGAAGCAGCUUACCUCGAGAUUAAAAAUCGCCCAGAGGCAAGGACUUUUCCCGCCUACCUACUUUCCACCGGCGCAGUAUCCCCUGUUACCCUAUUACACCGCGCCCCUCGUCUUUGGAACUCCAACGUCGGACGAUAUGAACGCGAUGACGAUGACGAUACCGCCGCGGCCGGUAUCGUCGUCCGAUACCCUAUAAAAGGAUAUGUACGAUCACUCGCGUCGUCGCAGACGAGGAUAAAACGUGACGUUUAAUAGGACUCUCCUAUAUUUCCUACAUGAUCUCGCAAAAGAGCGGUGAGUGAGAGGAAUUACAUUAUUCGACGGAAAAACAAAAGUUGGUAAAGUUAAAGAAAAGUAAUAAUUUCGUUUUUGAUACCAUCCUUUCAUAAAUUUAUUCGAGUGCGUUUAUCGUAUUCAUGGAUAUUUGAUUGAAUUGAUUCACGAAUUCACAGCUUUCGACACACACAGUACAAUACACUUUGCUUUAAAGUAUUCCUUGAGCUGUUUAUAUAUCGCAAAUAGCAUUAGCUUGCUUUACGUAGCGUAGAAUCGCGCGCAUUGUAGAGCAGAGAAUAUCUAUAUUUUCCACGUCUUAAAGAUUAUUAAGACGAUAAAAGUGUGUUUCUAUCUUGUUUGUAAUAGAGUAUAUUGGACAAGGAGGGGAAAUGGUAGGAAGAGGACAGAGAUAAGGUAAAAAUAUCGAAAUCAGCGCCAUCUUCAGAGUGCCGUAAAUGAAACUCGAUAUAUAAGGACAGAAAAUAGUUGGAGAAGGAUAGGAAAUAGGAUAGAAUUGAUCACUAGCGCCAUCUCUCAGUGCCAUAGAUAUAUUCAAAAAAUGGCGUUUCUAAAAAUUCUUCGUAGAUGGCGCUGAAUCUAAAUUCUCACCUUAUUCAAUUUUUAAAAAGAUAUCUUCGGUAAUCGAGAGAUGGCGCCAAUAGUCAGAAUGAAAUUGACUAUUGGCGCCAUCUCUAUCCUAGUGUUUUUUUUUUAAUCCUUGUAUAUUGAGUUUUAUUUGAGUGACAUUCUAGAGAUGGCGUUGAUUUCGCGAUUUUUACUCCAUUUUCGUUCUUAUCGCAUUAUUUCCUCUCUUUAUCUACAGUUACUUUUGGCAUUCGUGAUAUUACACCAAGUAUGGAAUGUCAACGUGGAAUUAUCUAAUAUGUCUAAUCUUAAUUUAUCUAAUAAUUUUAAUAAUAAUUUAUCUAAUAUGUCCUAAUCUUUGAUAUAAAAAAUAUGAAUGUUAUUUUCUCGACUUUACAAUGUAUCUUUAAGACGAUCUCGCAAAACAUAAUAUUCCGAUGUACGUGUGAAAUAACAGUGAGCCUACCUUACUUUACGUUAUCGUAUUUUAUCUUACGCUAUCGUUAUUUUAUUCAACGAAAAAACGUAUGUACAACGUAUUUCUUUAUUGAUAAUUUUCGCUAAUUAGAUGUUCGACUGUAAAAUAUAAAUUUAUGUUGUCAAUAAUGCAUAAGAUGGAAAUUUUGUGUACAUAAGUUGCGACUAUAAUAAAUAGAAAUUUUAAAAA